UAUUAUAUGGCUUUUGUAUGUGGUUUAUUAUAUUGCUUUUGUAUGCGAUCAUUGUUUUGGCAGCCCCAGCGUUGCAUCUCGAGCAUGCGGCGGCAGCAGGGCAUGCCACUGGAUGAGAGAUACGUUCCGUACCUACAGAUGGCCGGAUUAUACCAUCUUGCGAGGGUGAACGAUAGAUGGUUCUGAUUAGAUGAGCCCCUUGUUAGUGCAUUCGUCGAGCGGUGGCGUCCGGAGACACACACCUUCCACAUGCCGUUCGGAGAGUGCACGAUCACACUUCAGGAUGUGGCAUACCAGUUGGGGUUGCCAGUGGACGGACGCUAUGUCAGUGGUUGCCUUACGGAUUUCCAUAUAUACAUCGAGGGUGGCCGUCCUGCCUGGGUGUGGUUCUAGGAGUUGCUUGGAGUGGUUCCUCUUCCGAGCCAAGUUCAGAAGUUCGCUGUAAACUGCACUUGAUUCCAGGAGACUGUGCGGCGCUUCGCUCGUGCAUAUAUCAUGAUGUUGUUGGGUACUCAGCUGUUUGCCGACAAGUUCGGCAACCGCAUUCACAUCAGAUGCCUUCCAUACGUUGCUUGGCUUGAGGAGAUGGGUACCUACAGCUGGAGGUCUGCAGCACUAGCAUGGUUGUACCGGUGCAUGUGCCGAGUGGCGAACAGACAUGUGGUAAAGUUAGCGGGCCCACUUCAGUUACUUCAGUCCUGGAUCUUCUGGCGCUUUGCUAGGUUUAGGCCUGCUGGGUAUGAUACGUGCAGCUGGCCCUUGGCCUCGAGGUGGUCAGGUUACAACCCUCCCGGUGGCGAGAAGGGACCUAGAGUGCAGAACUGGAGACUGAGGCUAGACAUGUUACAGGCCACCGAUGUGAGUAUACUAACCGGCUAUGUUUAUUUAAUUAAUUAAACUUUAUGACUUUAGAUCAUGGAUUGAACUGAAUGUUAGAAUCUUUCUGCAGUUUAUUUGGAUGCCCUAUAGCUCCCCCGAGGUACUGCAGGUUGUGCAUCCGGAGGUGUUGGAGCCUCGGCAUACGGCAAUGUGGCGAUCUGUGACAUCACUGAUCUACUUUGCCGUGAUAGAGUGACAUUAGAUAGAUAGGGUUUUACCGCAGUUCGGCGGAGUCCAGCCCUGUCCACAUCCCGCCCUGAACAUCGACUUUCUGAUGUCAAAGGACGGGAGAGGGGGUGAUCAUUGGUUCCCGUUGGCUCUUCAGUUAUGGCAUCUUCAUUGGGAGAGCCGUGCCGACCAUGUUCUUCGGUUCGAUGUUGUUGCAGACCCUGGACCAUCACAUGAUUACUUGCAGUGGUGGAGUCAGCAUGGAAAGAGGUUUCUGUCACUAGAGAUGUAUUUGGGUGAUCCGAGAGCCGUUCCUAUUCCUGUGGAGGCAUCGCAGAGGGGUGCUGGGCGAGUUCCCGACAUAGAUCAUGUUGACGACGUCCCGGAUAGGCGUCGGGUCGAGAGGAGAGCUCGUGUGGGGACACGUCGGAGCCAACGCGAGUGGAGGUGGCUGGACCAGGCUAUGGAGGAGGGUGAUGGGGACGGCCGCCCUGGAGGAAGACGACGAGGCCACGGAGGCAAACGGAGAGGGCGUGCUGCGGCCGACGAUCACGGACACCAUGGUCAUGACGACGACGACGAUCAGCACGGGCCCGUGGGUGGGGACGCUGGAGGGCAUGCUGCAGUAGGGGGUGUUAGUCCCCAUCAUAUAGGGCAUGGAGGUGAGUGAUACGGCUCCGGUAUGGGUGACGGGAUAGAUCAGGGUGAUGGUGGACUUGGCUCAGGGCCGCUAGGCGAUUACUUUGUUGGUGUCCCUGCCGAUGAUCAGACACUUUAGGAGAGUACGCCUUGGGUUAGCCCGGGUUCGAUGUUUUCAGACUUCCUGGCAGCUGACGGGCUUGAUGCGGCAUACGACGGUUCACACUUUCUAGAUGAGCUUACUACCAUCAUGCAGAAGGAUGAUGCGGCCCGUCGGCGUAGUCAGAGUUCCGGCACGCCUGCACCUUUAGCAGUCGAUCUUAACGAGCCUCCUUCGAUGCCAGCUACUGACCCUUUUGCAUUGGGUGGUACUCCUCCUUCCGCCUAUAUUGCUGCGUCACAUUCAGGUACCGGGCCGUCUGGGGCCUCCGUCCAGCCUAGGCCACCUACACAGCCUGCCCCGGACGAGGAGGAUGAUGAGAUUGAGGACGAGGAGCCGCUUAUCCAGAGAGGCCAGAGGACACGGGUACCCCGUCGUUGCUUCACCAGUUCGCAUCUGUUUAGAUGAUUGAUGUAUCUUGUAUGGCUUUUUUUCAUGUUCAUUGUUGUA